CUCCAAAACCAACCAACGGCAACAGGCUCGGCGACACAAGACACCUCCGACGUCAACAGUUCUGCAGGCCUUAAAGGUUGGGAUUGCGGCCCUGCCUUCGACUAGAGUUUUGACCGGCGCAACAAACUAUCACCCUUUCCCUCUCCUUGUCGCCCCGGAAACAAAUCGAAAUCGAAGUUCUCAGAAACACCAACCAAGUAGCGGUCGACAACCACCGCCGACGACAUGUCCAAAAGAACCAGCGCGUCCGCCGCAAAUGGUGGCGCCUCGAAAGAGGGCGGCCGGGUUGAUCUGCCGACGUCAGACAAGCAGAAGAUUCUGCUCGAGACCGAUGCCGGACACUUCUCGCUCAUCCGCGCGCUGCACCUAGCAGAUCUCAUCACCGAGAUGAACGGUCUCUGCGGCAUCCUCUCUCUCUUCUCCUCGAUGCGCUAUUGCAUUGGCGACCCGUCGGAGCACGGCAACCUCUGGGCCGCGCUCUCCCUCCUCCCGUUCGGGCUCUUCUUCGACUUUCUCGACGGCAAAGUCGCGCGGUGGAGGAAAAAGAGCAGCAUGAUGGGACAGGAACUCGAUUCCCUCGCCGACCUGAUCUCCUUCGGCGUCUCCCCCGCGGCGGUGGCGUUCGCGAUCGGGGUCCGCACGCCGGUCGACCACCUGUGCCUGGGGUUCUUCGUGCUGUGCGGGCUGACGCGGCUGGCGCGGUUCAACGUGACGGCGGCGGCGAUCCCCAAGGACGCGACGGGCAAGGCGCGCUACUUCGAGGGCACGCCGAUCCCGACGACGCUGGGGCUCGACGCCCUGAUGGCCUGGUGGGUGUCCAACGGCUGGAUCCACGACGCCCUCCCCGGCGGCGUCUGGUUCGCCGGCUCCGCCCUCGAGCUCCACCCCGUCGUCCUGCUCUUCAUGGUCCACGGCUGCCUGAUGACCAGCAGGACUAUCCAUAUCCCGAAGCCGUAGGUGCGAGGAGGUUGUAUACACAGAAACAUGUAUGGAGGUCUUGGGAUUUGAGUUGAUGUUGGUUUUGGGAAUUCGGGGUGGGGGUUGACGGAGCGGGUUGGACGGUUUAGAACGAGCGAGCAUACGAUAUCUUAAAACUCAUAUAGCGGAAAGAAAUGCGGUUGAUUGGAUGGGGAUUGCGGGUUGUUCGUGGUUUGAUCACUUGUUUGCAUGCGUAGGUAACUACCUAUGUAUGGUUUUGGUUCAAUAUUCCGUCAAUUCUCAGUAACGCGGUGUGCAGCUGGGG